AUGGCCAUCGCAGACAACCCCCCGGACAGCCACACCAAGGCUGAGGAAACGGUCGUCGCAGACCAUGAAAUCGAACAGCAGAAGCCGUACCGUCCUGCGCGGUGGCAGAGUAACCUGACGAUCCUGAGUUGUUACAUCGCGAACUUCAGCGACGGCUUCCAAAACGGCCUCGCGAAUCCCACAAAUGUCAUUUUCAAGCACCUGCUGGGAAGCUCGGGGUACCCGUCUGAGAUGCAGACGCGGAUCAGUAACUCGUUGAUUAUUGGCGCAAUUCUCGGUGUCGUCGUCCUGGGGUAUGUUUCGGACAUGGUCUCGCGACGAGCGGGCCUUGUCUUUACGUCGGGACUGGUCACUAUUAGCACGUUGAUGGCUGCGCUGGCGCUGCAGGUGCACCCUUCGCACAACAUGCUGUGGUUCAUGGUCAUUGUGCGUGGAAUCUGUGGAUUCGGUGUUGGGGGCGAAUAUCCGCCCAGUGCGGCGGCUGGGUUGGAAGAGUCGGACGAUUUCAAACGCCGCUACCGCGGCCCUGUCUUCGUCUCGUUCACGACGCUCAUGGCAACGCUCGCCUCGCCAAUCCUGCAAAUCAUCUACCUGAUCAGCCUGAAAGCAAGCAACAACAACCUGCACAUCACAUUCCAUGCCAUCUACUCUAUCGCCACGAUCCUCCCUUUCACGAUCAUGCUGCUGCGAUUCUUCAUGGCCGACUCAACACUCUACCACAACUCCAACUUCAAGAGCAGUCCGCAGAACCGCUCCUGGCGCUUCUACCUCCUGCUCGUCCGCCGCUACUGGCCCCGUCUCCUGACUACGUCCACCGCAUUCUUCCUGUACGACUUCAUCAACUUUCCCAACAGCAUCAUGUCCAGUACCAUCAUCUCGUCUUUGGUCACAGAUAGCAACAUCCAAACAACCGCCAUCUGGCAGGUGAUUCUUGCAGUCCUCCCAGUCCCCGGCGUUGUGCUGGGCGCAUAUCUCACGAACGCUAUCGGUCGCCGCAACACCGGUAUCGCUGGCUUUGCGGGGUACACGGUAACGGGCUUUAUUAUCGGCGGAUGCUUCCACAAGCUCUCGCAGCACAUGGCUGCGUUUGUGGUUCUGUACGGCCUCCUCAAUGCGUUUGGGCACAUGGGGCCCGGUGCUACCAUUGGCUUGAUUUCGUCCGAGUCUUUUCCCACAGCAAUGCGCGGUAUGGGGUAUAGUGUUGCGCUUGCUUUUGGACGAACAGGUGCAGCGGUGGGAACGCAGUGCUUUACGCCGUUGAGAGAGCGAGGAGGUGAUAGUGCGACGUUUUAUCUGGCGGGUGGUGUGGCGGUUUUGGGUAUGAUUGUAUAUUGGUUUUUGCCGGAGAGUGGCGAGUUGGAUCUUGAGGAGGAAGAUAGGAAGCUUGAGGGGUAUUUGAGGGAGAAUGGGGUUGUUAUGGGAUGA